AUGGCCCGAUCUCUUGCUUCGGAGUACUCCAGUCUCCCUCACUCUGUUCCAUCGACACUCCUCAAAAUAGCAAAGUUCAAGGUUGGACUUUGCCAAUUAACAGUAAGUUACGACAAGGAGAAGAAUAUUGCUCGAGCACGCAAAGCCAUUGAAGAUGCCGCUAAGAGGGGUGCCCAGCUCGUUGUCUUGCCUGAAAUGUGGAAUUGUCCUUAUGCAUUUGAAAACUUCUCCAAAUAUGCAGAAGAUUUUGAUGACGUAGAUGCAUCACCAUCCUUUUCGAUGCUAACUGAAGUUGCUCAUGAUCAAGGAGUCACAAUUGUUGGCGGGUCUAUACCAGAACGGUGUGGGGACCAGUUGUACAACACCUCUUGUGUUUUUGGCACGGAUGGAAAGCUAAUGGAUAAGCAUAGGAAAAUGCAUCUAUUUGAUGUCAACAUCCCAGGAGAUAUCUCCUUUAAGGAAUCUAACACCUUCACUCCUGGAGAAAAGCCCACCAUUGUGGAUACAGAUGUAGGUCGCAUUGGGAUAGGAAUUUGUCAUGAUAUGCGCUUUCCAGAACUUGGAAUGUUGUAUGCACAAAGAGGUGCUCAUUUAAUAUGCUAUCCUGGGGCAUUCAACAUGCAUACUGGUGAACUUCUGUGGGAACUAGCUCAGAGAGCAAGGGCGGCAGAUAACCAGGUAUUUGUGGUUACUUGUUCACCAGCUCGUGAAUCUAGUGGUUGCUACAUGAUAUGGGGACAUUCUACUCUUUCUGGACCAUUUGGUGAAAUAAUUGCAACCACAGGACAUGAAGAGACAACUGUUAUCGCUGAUAUAGAUUAUUCUAUAAUUCAACUUCGAAGAGAGAACCUGCCACUUUAUAGGCAAAGGAGGGGAGAUAUAUACCAGUUAAUUGAUGCACACGAGCUGAAGAGCAGACAGUAAGAUACAUAAAAAUCACACUUCUAUCUAAUGCAAUCAGGUAGCGUUAACUAACUUUAGACUUG